AUGAAUAGAGUUGUUAUAACAGGAUUGGGAGCAAUAACACCUUUUGGAAGAGGUGUCGAGUAUAGUUGGAAUCAAUUGAAAUCAUGUAGAGGUGCAAUCAAACAACUUGUAUUUGAUUGUACUACAUUUCCAUUUCAACUACAAGCAAAGGUUGCUGCUACUGUACCAAGAUUACAAACAAAUAGUAGUAGUACUGAAGUUGGUGAUACAUCAACUCUAUUUCAUGAUGAUUUAGUACCUGUACAAUAUAGAUCUGGAUGUAGUGACUUUAUAAAAUAUGCAAUGGUAGCAGCUGAUGAAGCUAUAUUGGAUGCCAAUUUAAACACUUUAGAUAAUACCUCACUUCAAGAGAGAAUUGGAGUUUGUAUUGGAUCAGGAAUUGGUGCAUUAGAAGAUAUAACAACUACACAUGAUAAAAUUAUGAAAGGUGGAGUAAAUAAGGCAAGUGCAUACUUUAUACCAAGAAUAUUGAUCAAUGAAGUAUCGGGAUUGGUAGCUAUUAAACAUUCAUUAAAAGGACCGAAUCUAUCGAUUGUAUCGGCAUGUGCAACUGGAGCACAUGCUAUCGGAGAGUCAUUUAGAAAGAUUAGAUAUGGAGAGGCUGACAUUAUGGUGUGUGGUGGUACAGAGGCUGCUAUUACACCGCUGUCAAUGAGUGGUUUCUCAAGAAUGAAAGCAUUGUCUACAAAGUACAAUGAUACACCAGAGAAAUCGAGUAGACCAUUUGACAAGAAUCGUGAUGGAUUUGUAAUGGGUGAAGGUGCUGGUAUCUUGGUAUUAGAGGAUUUAGAUCAUGCCAAGGCAAGAGGUGCCAAGAUCUAUGCAGAGAUUGUUGGUUAUGGAUCAUCAUGUGAUGCUCAUCAUCUAUCUGCACCCAUUUCAACCGGGGAUGGAGCAAAACGAGCAAUGAAAGCUGCUAUUCAAGAUGCAAACAAAAUUAUAAACAUUACAUCAAUCGAUUAUAUUAAUGCACAUGCAACAUCUACACCUCUAGGUGAUACAAUUGAAUUAUUGGCAGUUGAAAAUACUCUAUCAGAGAUGAAUAUCAAUCAAUCAUCUGACAAACCAUCUAUAGGAUCCAACAAGGGAGCUAUUGGUCAUUUACUUGGUGCUGCAGGUGCCGUUGAAUCCAUCUUUUCAAUCCUCGCCAUUCGAGAUAAUAUUAUCCCUCCAACACUCAACCUAGACAAUCCCGAUUACACCAAUGACAAACUAAGACUUGUCAAAGAUACUUGUUACAGUCCAUCAAAUCCAAUUCAAACCGUUUUAAAGAAUAGUUUUGGUUUUGGUGAGAGAAGAGAUAGAAUGUUGAAAUCAAUUGUAUCAAGAUCAGUUAAUCAUUUAACAAAGAAUAAUAACAGUAUUGUUGUUUGUGUUCGUUCAAUCUUUACGACACCAGAGAUUAUGCCAUUUGAUGAAGAUCAAAAGCAACUACAAGAGACGAUUCGUGAAUUUGCUCAAAACGAAUUAGCUCCCAUUGCUGCCCAAGUAGACAAAGAUAAUGUCUUCCCAAGUCACAUGUGGAAAAAGAUGGGUGAAUUAGGUUUACUUGGUAUUACUGCUCCAGCAAAAUAUGGAGGAUUAGAAUUAGGAUAUACAUCACAUUGUAUUGCAAUGGAAGAAUUAAGCCGUGCUAGUGCAUCGGUAGCAUUAAGUUAUGGAGCUCACAGCAAUCUUUGUGUCAAUCAAAUCACACGUAAUGGUAACGAAGCACAAAAGCAAAAGUAUCUCCCAAAACUCAUCUCUGGUGACUUUGUCGGUGCUUUGGCCAUGAGUGAACCAAAUGCUGGUAGUGAUGUUGUGUCGAUGAAGACACAUGCUACUCGUGUCGAUGGUGGUUGGAAGAUCAAUGGUAACAAGAUGUGGAUUACCAAUGGUCCAGAUGCCGAUGUUUUGGUCGUCUAUGCAAAGACUGACCCAGCUGGCGGUAGCAAGGGUAUCACUGCUUUCCUCAUUGAAAAGGGAAUGAAGGGAUUCUCAACUGGUCAAAAAUUAGACAAACUUGGUAUGCGUGGAUCAAACACUUGCGAACUCAUCUUUGAAGACUGUUUUGUGCCAGACGAGAAUGUCAUGGGUACUGUUGGUUCUGGUGUUCGUGUUCUCAUGUCUGGUUUGGACUAUGAACGUUUGGUUCUAUCUGCCGGUCCAUUGGGUAUCAUGCAAUCUUGUAUGGAUCAAGUCGUUCCAUACAUCCACACUCGUGAACAAUUUGGCAAAAAGAUUGGUGAAUUCCAAUUGAUGCAAGGAAAGGUUGCUGAUAUGUACACCCUCCUCAAUGCCUCUCGUUCCUAUGUAUACACUGUAGCUCGUGCUGCCGAUGCUGGCUUGGUCUCUCGUAAGGAUUGUGCCGCCGUCAUCCUCUACUCUGCCGAAAAUGCCACCCAACUCGCUCUCCAAGCCAUCCAAACCCUAGGUGGAAAUGGUUACAUUAACGAAUUCCCAACUGGUCGUCUUCUUCGUGACGCCAAACUUUAUGAAAUCGGUGCUGGUACAUCUGAAAUUCGUAGAAUGUUAAUUGGUAGAGAAUUAUUUAUUGAAUCUGAAUAA